UCUUGGCUUGGAGGUUUGUCAUAUUCUUCUCUUCUUCCAGCCAUCAGCCAGGUAUUGGAAGAAAGGCUGGAGAGAUUCAAAUCAUCGUUUUGGUUUAAAGCGGCUUUGAUCAGUUGCACUGCGGCUCAGGCCCUUUGAACCCUAAUAACAGCAAGGAAGAUCAUGUGUCACAGGGCUCUGUCUUCUAGAGAGUCUCAGCAUCCUUGGAUCCUUAUCCUUGGUGGAAGAGGCUGACUAACCGGCUUGUCUGUUUCUCCUUCCUUGACAGCAGUAAGCUGUGGAGACUGAGGCUAUGCAUCUCAGCAGCUCCAAGAGUGGAGUAGUGCUGGCUCCAGUGUCCCGAGGUCCUGAGGCCUGUCAGAUGAUAACCAGAGGCCAGUUCGGCCAGGAUCCGCUACAAAGAACAGUACUAGGAGUGCUAACUGAGAAUGGGCAGUACAGGAGGACCUGUGGCCAGGGGCUCACCACACUCAGGUGUUUCUCUGGAUCAGAAAAUGCCUUCCCUCCAGCUGGAAAGAAAGCGCUGUCGGACAGUAGAGUUCAGGCACCUGCCAAGCAAGGAUUUGACAUCUACAUGGAUGAGCCUGAACAGGGGGACAGAGAUAGCUGCCCAGGGCGAAAGGGGAUGGCAUUAGAGGAUGCGUAUGAAGUAGACACCAGCGCACUCAAGUCAGACCUUCACUUCCUGUUGGAUUUUAACACAGUUUCCCCUAUGCUGGUAGAUUCAUCUCUCCACUCCCAGUCUGAAGAUGCAUCAGAUUUUGGUACAGAUGUGAUAAAUGUGACUGAAUAUGCUGAAGAAAUUCAUCAUUACCUUAGAGAAGCCGAAAUAAGACACAGGCCCAAGGCACACUACAUGAGGAAACAACCAGACAUCACAGAAAGCAUGCGGACCAUUCUGGUGGAUUGGCUGGCUGAGGUCGGAGAGGAGUACAAGCUCCGCGCAGAGACCCUCUACCUCGCUGUCAACUUCCUGGACAGGUUUCUUUCCUGCAUGUCUGUUCUUAGAGGGAAAUUACAGCUUGUAGGAACAGCAGCUAUUCUCCUUGCUUCGAAAUAUGAAGAAAUAUAUCCACCCGAAGUAGAUGAGUUUGUCUACAUAACCGAUGACACCUACACAAAACGACAACUGCUGAGAAUGGAACACUUGCUCCUGAAGGUCCUGGCUUUUGAUCUGACAGUGCCAACUACCAACCAGUUCCUCCUUCAGUACUUAAGGAGGCAAGGAGUGUGCAUCAGGACUGAGAACCUGGCCAAGUACGUAGCAGAACUGAGUCUCCUUGAAGCUGACCCGUUCUUGAAAUACCUUCCUUCACUGAUAGCUGCAGCCGCUUAUUGCCUGGCAAACUAUACUGUGAACAGGCACUUCUGGCCAGAAACCCUCGCCACAUUUACAGGCUAUUCAUUAAGUGAAAUCGUGCCUUGCCUGAGUGAGCUACAUAAAACAUGCCUCAGUAUACCCCAUCGACCUCAGCAAGCAAUCAGGGAGAAGUACAAGGCUUCAAAGUAAGUUCCAGAAAUUCUCUUAUCUAGGCUCACUACUUAAAACUUUAGUAAGUGAUAGUAAUUUCAAAAUUAAAAAACAGAACAAAUUGUACAUGGUGCUGGGCUGGAAAAGUAGGUUCUCAUGUCAAACCAAGAAUAUCAGUUUGGCAGGGCCUAGAUUUAUAAUUUGUCACCUUGUAGAGUAGCAGGUGGCUCAGAAAAGAAUCUGCCCGCAAUGCAGGAG